CUGGAAGUGGCGCCAGUUGCAUUCGUCUUUCCGCGCCCGGAUGACAUCGACGACUAUGGCACAUACCGGUACUCAGGAGUAGUCAAGCGCUCAUCGACAGCGCCAUCGACAGCGCAGGCCGCGUUCGUCGUCGCAGGCGCGACUCUGCCCAGACGGCGCUGCGUGCGUCCUCAUGCACAACGAGCCUCGGCCUCGACCAUUAUCGGUACUUGGCGAGCUCGUUUCCCAGCGACAGGGCGACUGCGCUCUUUCCUUGGCGGCGUCACGGCCACACCCGGCAAUAUGGCGGGUGUGGCCGUGCGCAGCAGUUCGGGCCCCCAAGGUCCACACGCGCAUUGAUGUAAGGAGCAGACGGCGCAUGCCAACGCCACGAACUAGGUAGAUCCUGCCGGCCGCGACACGGACGGAUCUGCAGCACCAAGAGCAACUUCCGAACCAGAGGCGUCAUGCCGCCUAUCAAGCAACGAGCCAAGUAGGACUUGAUACGUAAAUAGUCAGCUUGGUCUACGGACAGAUCAGUAAGUUCUGAUAGCCAUGCGCUUCCGCCCCGACUUUUACCCGUCGGUCUCGCCGUCCCAGCACGAGCAUCUGCGGCUGCUCGCCAAGAAGUCGGUCACCGACCUCCUUCAAGUGGCCGCGGCCUACGACGGGUCGGGCGCCCGCACGCGGUUUGAGAUGCUGCCGCCGCUCCACGGCAACCCGGACGUGCAGUCGAUCUGCGGCACCGUGACGUUGCAAGCAUCACUGGAAGACAUCGAGGCCAUCAUGCAAUGCCACGUCGCCAACACGGCCGAGAGUCAAGCGUUUGCCAAGACCGUCGAGACGCACGUCAAGGCGUCGGCGCUGCUUUUGCAGCUGAGCCCGAGCAUGACGAUCAACUGGGCCAUGAUCGAGUCGCAGUCGUCGGUCAUGCGGCACCGCGACUUUGUCUACGUACAGUGCCGCGAGCACAAGGUUAUCGACGGCGUCGACACGUGGGUGUCGUGCACGCACUCGGUCAAGAUUGACGGGUGCCCGCCGCUCGACGAGUCGCUUGAGCUCGUGCGCGGCGGCUUGUACGCCUCGGGCUACGUCUUUUCCGCGCACCCGACCGAAGGCAUUGUCCGCGCCACGUACGUGCUCUCGGUGGACUUUAAGGGCCGGACGCCCCACGCGUGGACGUCGACAACGCUAAAGAACUGGUGCCACGCGCUCUCGCGCAUGCAGAGCUUCUUUGACGCGCGCCACGUCGGCCGUCUCUCAAGCUACGUGCGCAGCGACAUGGAGGUCAAGUCCGUCAAGGACGUGGCGUACUGCCACGUGUGCGGCGGCGACUUCUUCGCCUGGACAAAAAAGGACAAUUGCCGCAUCUGCGGCGAGGUCGUGUGUCCGUCGUGCACUGAGAAGAAGGACGUCGCGUUGCCGUCCGGCGUCCGCAAGCUCGCUAUGUGCACUGUCUGCUUGCACUCGAAAUUUGAGCCCGAGAAGCUCUCGCCACGCCUGCGCCAGAGUCGGUCGUGGCCCGACGAGCAAUACAAUGCGCGACCGCCGCGUCCGCAGCGCUGGAGCACAGCGCGUGUGUCAGCGGAUGCGCUUGACAUUGGCGACUUUACCGUGCCCCGGUCGCGGUCGCUGGUCGUCCACCCGCCAAUCGAGCCCGAGCCGGUUGUUGUUGUUGCCACCAAAGAGCGGGCGACUAGCCAUCGGCGGUCGCACCAGCGGUCGAUGGACCGCGCGUCGUUUGAGGAGAUGCAGCGCGUGUGUCAACCUCGACUGUCGUUUGAAGCCGACGGCGACGUCGAUCUCUUUGACAAGGUCUUCUAGUCGCGUCCAACCGUUUAUGCUAUUUAACCCAAAUACCCUUUUUCAUAUUGCGUCC